AUGUCCGAUGCUAUAAAUGCUCAAAGUACCCCGUAUCUUCUGCAUCGACCGUCCCCACGUUUCCCCGGAUCACCCAAUAUGACGUCGCCACCGCAGCCCGCGACUGCAGACACUGGGUACCUCACCGAGCCAAGCCCUUUAGAGAACACGUACACAUCGGAUACAAGUCUGCAACGAGCUUUGCAAUGGUAUCUCCCAUCCCCAACACUCGCAUCCAUAGAACUACACCUGACCCAGCUCGGUGCCGAGGUGAUCUCCGAGCAGGUCCGGGAGUGGAGUGCUGAUGCUGAACGAAAUCAACCUUAUGUCAAGAGCCAUAACGUUUGGGGGAAACGAUAUGACUAUGACCGACUGAUCACUACCGAGGGCUGGAAACAGCUGGGACACUGGGGAGCUCGCAAUAAGAUCGUCUCGGCAGGAUAUGACCUUGCUCUAGGAUUGGAACGGAGAACAGUUCAAUAUGCACUGAACUACCUCUAUGCCCCUUCUUCAGGCCUGUACUCCUGUCCGAUUAGCAUGACGGAUGGAGCCGCUUUCAUCCUCUCGUCGAAAAUCCACAAUCUACCAUCUACGCAUCCAUUCCAGGUCGCGUACAAGAAUUUGACUUCUGAAAAGGACGAUCAUUGGACUUCGGGUCAGUGGAUGACGGAGAGGGCCGGAGGAAGCGACGUUCAAAACACGGAAACUUGGGCAACGUACUCUCCUCUUACCACCCCAUCCAAGCUCGAUCCUCUCGGGGCGGGUGACUACCUGAUCAAUGGAUUCAAGUUCUUUUCAUCUGCCACUGAUGCUAAAGUGGCUCUGCUGUUGGCCAAGACUCCUUCAGGGAAGCUUAGCACUUUCUUGGCACCUCUAAGAAAGACUGUGUCUGGGAAUGAUGGUACUACUCGACAAGUCUCAAACGGCGUGAGAAUCCAUCGGUUGAAGAAUAAGCUCGGAACAAAGGAACUGCCGACGGCUGAGCUAGAACUCAAGGAUAUGCGUGCGCACCUGGUGGGGGAGAUCGACCAGGGAAUCGUCACCAUUGCACCGCUUCUUAACGUGACUCGCAUUCACACAUUCAUCGGGUCUCUGUCGGGCUGGCGUCGUGCGCUCAGUAUCACUAAAAGCUUUGCAAAAGCCAGAUCGACCGUUGGGGAACCCCUAUGGUUGAUUCCAAUGCAUCUACGUCUUCUUGCUGAUCUGGAAGUAAGACAUCGUGGGGGUAUGAACCUUGGAUUCUUCACAGUCGCCGUGAUGGGACUCGUUGAGAACAAGGUAUCUCAGCCAUCAGAGUUGGCACACAUGCCUCGUCCUGGCAAAGAGGCUAAUGUCGUGUUCCGAACCCUGACAGCCACUGCAAAGGCUGUUGUCAGCAAGAUGUCCAUUGCUGGAAUUCAAGAAUGUCAAGAAGCGAUGGGCGGUGUUGGCUACAUGGAUGAAGCGGACGAGCCUGAGUUCAACAUCUCGCGAAUCCUUCGCAACACUUCGGUCAACUCGAUCUGGGAAGGAACUACUAACGUGCUGGCCAGUGAGACUGUUCGUUUCCUCUUGAAAUCUGACAACAUGGGUAUUUUCGCAACAUGGUUAGACCGCACCUUGGCUUCGCUCCUCACGCCAAGCUUGCGCGAUGUCCUGACUGCUGCCUGGUCUACUUUGCGAGCUCGAUUUUCUCCAAAAUACAAGGCUGCGACUGCAGUUCUUGCUGAUGCCCGCCGCUAUAUGUUCACGCUCGCCUGGAUCAUGUGUGGCGCACUCCUGGCCCUCGAUGCUGAAAGAGACCAGGAUCGGGUGAGCAUGGAGAUUGCCUGUCGCUGGAUUCUCAAAGCCGAGGGAGGCGUCGGAGAUUUGGUUUUCCAUGAUAUUGUCACUGUCAGAGACAGCGGAGCUGUCGAUGCGGACGGUGAAGAUCAUCUGCAAUGGGAUUGUCGUAUUGCUUGGGGCAUCGAAUUGCCCGCAAAGCGGGCAUCUGGCCACAGGUCUCUGCAGAGCAACAGCUCGAAGCUGUAA